AUGAACGUUCCUCAUAUACCCGGAGUCCACCCUGUGGCUAUUCCACGGCCGCAGGUCGGCAUUGAACGCCUUCCCACCCGUCGCAUGAGCAAUGAGCCUCGAGAGUCUAUGAACUGCAAGUCGUGCCGGAAGAGAAAGAUCAAGUGCAACCGCCUUCGACCAUCAUGCGAAGCUUGCCAGGUCUUCCAGUGCCCCUGUAUUUAUGAUGCUGUACCAAAGAAGCGUGGCCCAAAGACAGACGUUCUGGAAGCGCUUUUGAAAAGAGUGGAUGGACUUGAGGCCAAGCUGAGGGAAAAGGGAGAAGAUGAUUCUUCGCCAACGAGCUCAAAUAUGCCCGGCGCUGGAAAAGGAGAGGCGUCAGGUUCCGCCUCACUGGGCGCUGAAGCAGGCGAGCCGGCAGCCAAGCGCGUCGCUAUUGAAGCCCGCGCCUCUCCCGGUGACACAGCAUCCCUUUCUCCUCAUACGCCUUUGCCGAGAGAUCUGUCGCCUCCCCCAGCGCAGGCCGAGGCCCUCCUCGACACCUAUUUCGCCCGGUUCCACGGCAAGCCUUAUUAUAUCGUUGAUGAGUCCUCCAUUCGGCAACGACUUCAGUUGAACCAGCUCCCCAAGUUCCUCUCGUAUGCAAUUUCAGCAGUCGCAGCCCGACACACAACGGAUCCGAGUGGGUAUCAAGCAGCUGCUAACCUCAGUGAGGAUUUUGCGGCUCGUGCGAGACGGGAAAUCAACACUGAUGAACCAUCGAUCGAUGCUCUCCAGGCACUACUGCUACUGGUGAGCGCAUUUACUGCGACUGGGAAGGGAAAGAGGGCAUACAUGCUCAUGACAAGCGCUACUGGCAUGGCUGUGGCUCUUGAGAUCCACAGAGAGACAGACGCCCAGGCCAGAAUGACUCCAGUUGAGCGUGAGAUGCGACGACGACUCUUCUGGACUUGCUACCUGCUGGAUCGGUUCCAGACUACCGGAUCGAAGCGGCCGAGUCUCAUUAGCGACAGCACCAUUCUCCUACGCCUUCCUUCUUGGUCACCUAACUCUUCUUCACUUCCAGUGGAAGGGGAGUUCUUCCAAACAGGGUCGAACCUUCAAUAUUUCCAAGGUAGCGAUAAGAAACCACAGGGAAGCAUGGGCAUGCUCAUCGACAUUACUCGAGUUCUUGGAAAGACAAACCGAUAUCUGGCUGCAGGUGGUGUCAAGGGUGACUCCCAUUUCCCCUGGCACACCCUUUCAACAUUGUCCAAGAUCCGACAAGACCUUGACGUCUGGUCUUCUGGAACUGAGGAUGUCUUCUCCAACCUCAACGCCCUAUUUGGACAGGCCGACUCGACUGUUCUCGUGCUCAGCAAGGUCAUCUACCAUCUCAUCCACUGCUUGAUCUAUCGCCCAUUCCUCCCCAUCGAUCUAGCGGAACUUGCAGAGACAGGGCAGCAUCAGUCGUGGCAGAUCGAGGCAACCAACAUGUGUUUUCUCCAUGCCAAUGCCAUAAUGGAGUUGGUUCAGCUUGGCAAGCAGGCUGGUAUCGUUGACUGGCCUGCAUUUGUGGGAUUCUGCAUAUGCACUGCGGGUACGGUCCACGUCCACGGAGCCCACUACAGCAAGCAAAGCAGCCAGGGCGAGGUCAACGUUUUUGGUUCAUCCUCAGACUUUCUCUCUCGUGAGAUGCAGUUCUUGGGCGAGCUUCGGUAUGCUUGGGCAAGUGUGCAACAUCAACGGGAAACGCUGCAAGACAUCAUUCAUGCUCAUGGGGAGCUAGUGAAGGCACUGGCACGCAACUCGAUGCGGUACACACCAGGCUUCCACAGCGAGGACUUUUUUGACCGCUAUUCCAACAUUGGAGGACCAGGGGGUCAAUCCUUUAGCUUUGACGCGGCUAACCUUCGCCUUUCGGACGUUGCUAUUGACUUUGGUUCUGGAUCCCUCCCGGCCCAGGAAACUCCUCGAAGCACCGAUGGGCCUCAGCGCCCAAGCCUGAAGCGCAAGAACACGGCACCAAACGCACCGACAAACCGACGACGACCAGAUGUGAAGGUCAUCUCCAGCCUCCAGCCUCCGGCUACAGGGCUGCCCACCCCGGGAAGCGCCCGUCGGUCGUUCUCAUACACGGCAGGCAUGAUGCCCCAUUCAUCGCCUAGCCUCCUCACGACACCGACUUCUCUGCCGCCCCACCAUGAGAGCCAAGAAAUGUACGCUCUGCAUGAGCAGAUGGACGAAACAUCGGCAAACAAUGCGGCGGUCGCAGCUGCAGCUGCAGCGGGAUUCACUCUUUCGCCAGGAACACACCCAGUCUCAGCUCAUGGGAUGCACCACAUGGCUGGCGCACCCUUCAGCCCCCCAUACAGCUAUGGGUCGGGGUCGAGUGUCACGAAUGCCGGACCUGGAAUGAUUAACGAGGCAAACGGAGGGUACGACGCCAUGUUUGGAACGGUCCCCACGAACGCGUUUGGCAGCCCGGCUGCAUGGCAAGGCGAGGAUAACCAUAACAAGCUCAACCUUCAUCAGGCCACGGCGGCGGCGCCGAGUCCCGGAGCCCGAAGCAACAACGGCAGCAUCGGAACAGGACAGGGAGAGGAAAAGGACCCAUUUCUUGCUCUUCUAGAGCAACUGGCCGAGAAUGAGCACCGAUCCCAGAACGGCCACGGAGGAGAACUUGACUUUUUCCUCGGCGGCCCCGUGGCUAGCUCUUGA